AUGACUGACAUCAGCGACUGGGCGUAUAUCGACGAUGAAAUUCAGCCGGCACAACAACCAUUGCUAGCCCCAUCCCAUGAAAUUAGCUCCAUGGAACGCAUGCUGUCGGCAUGUUCCGGCGCACUGUUCACCUCAUUUCUUGUUACACCGCUCGAUGUCGUUAAGACUCGGUUACAAAGUCAAGCUGGACAUCAUUUGACCAAUGGAUUGCAGUUUAAUGGGACUUGGGAUGGUGUGACCAAAAUUGUACGACAUGAAGGAACAUUUUCCCUUUGGCGGGGCUUAUCAGCGAGUCUGGCCAUGGCCAUUCCUUCGACCGUCAUCUAUUUCGUUGGCUAUGACUACGUCCGGGAACAGACUCAAAAGUCCCGAUUUGCCCAUACAGCCAUCCACGAUUAUUCACCACUUUGGGCAGGGGGCAUGGCCAGAGCUAUUGCUGCCGCCACGAUAUCCCCUAUUGAAUUAUUCCGCACCCGUCUACAAGCUGCUGAAGGACGUCAAGAUUUCAAAUCUGUAUUAAACGGGGUGGUUCGAAUGGUGGAACACAAUGGAUUCAGAUCUCUGUGGCGAGGUUUCCUACCAACCAUGUUGCGAGAUGUGCCCUUCUCAGCUGUGUACUGGAUGGGUUACGAAAAGAUUAAACAUCGGUUAAAGGCAAUAGAUGGCUACGGUGAAGAGGAUACCCUUUCCAAUUUCCAGAUAUCAUUUGCUGCGGGGGCUUCCUCCGGCAUGAUUGCGGCAGUAUUAACAACGCCAUUCGAUGUGUUAAAGACACAGCGACAAGUGAAUUCAUCCAAAGAUAUGUCUUUUACAUUGAUUACGCGACGUAUCCUGGCUGACGAAGGUUGGAAAGGGUUUUUAAGAGGUGUGGUUCCUCGAGUGAUGAAAGUGGCUCCAUCAUGUGCUAUCAUGAUUUCAAGCUAUGAAGUCGGUAAAUUAUUCUUUGCAGAUCGACGACGACAACAACAACCGCGUGUCAUGACUUCUUGA